AUGAACCUGCUCAAUCGGCUCUCAGAAUCUGUUAACUAUGUCCAUGAGAUGGGGCCCUCUGUCGAAAGAAUCAUUGGAGGAGAAAUUUCCAUGCCUAGCGAUCGAAGAACUGUAUGGGUACCCUGUGUCCAACUACCAAGAUUUUGCUUCGACAUUAACAUUACGUCCAAGAAUAUAGAGGUAGGAAACUGCAGACAAGUCCUCCAGAACUACACACUCAGAUUAAGUUCCUUUGGAACCCCAGCUGGAUGCCAUCGUCUUAUAUUACCUUCAAAAGCACAAAGGCAACUGAGAAUCCUCAAAAAGAAGAAGUUAGGCGAGUACACAUGGAAAGUACGCAAGGUAUAUCUUUAUGAAGAAAUUUGA